GAGACUAAGGGUGGAGGAGGAGACAGGAGAGGACAGGAUGUCAAACAGGAGAGACAGCAGGAGCAGAUGUCCCUCAGGAUGGACCGGAUAUGGAUCUCGCUGUUUCCUGUUUGUCGACUCUGAAAGAACAUGGGCUACAGCCGAGCGUUACUGUAUACACUUCAGUGCCAACCUGGCCUCGGUGCACAGCUCUGAGGAGUAUCACUUCCUCCAGGAAGUGGUCAGAAGGGAGAGUGGUGACUUCUCAUAUGUUUGGCUUGGAGGUUCUGAUGCUGUUGAGAACCAGGCAUGGUUCUGGAGUGAUGGGUCCAGGUUUGAAUACCAGAACUGGCACAGAGGGGAGCCCAAUAAUGUGAGAAACAGGGAGCAUUGUAUGAUGAUGAACUUUGGAGGUGAAUAUCGCUGGAAUGAUGUACCAUGUGGAAAUCACUACCGGUUCAUCUGCUCUUUAAAGCUUUGUUAAUUCUGGAACUAACUCCUCGAAGGUUACAUUCUUGGACUAAGCUAACUCAAGUAUGUUAUAGCCACACAAGGAUGUUAUAAUUGAGGGGUCAAUUGUACUGAUCAGAGUAUGAAUGCAUUUGUGUUUUUCCAUCUUUGUGAUACAUGUAAUAGCAUUCUUCCUUAAACAAAAUAGAAAAUGUUUUUUCUGCCUGUAUUUACUCUGCCUGGUAAAUACAGACUGUUCCUUGACUCCAACCACCAAAACACUGUUUGAACUAUGCACUUCUUAUGCUUCAUUAUUUGAUGUACUUUCUACAUGCCUGAUUUGUAUGUCGCUUUGGAUAAAGGGCUCUGCUAAAUGAGUAACAUGUAAUGUAAUGGAAUAUGAAUCACACGGUAAUUUACAGGUUUCAAUGUGACCUGAGUGAUUCAAUAAAAGUGCUGAAACCAACAAAAGAUGCUUUUUCCGUCUCCAUAGCGAUCCUUCCACACUUAUUGAGAAUCAGCAGCUGUCCACUCUAGGGCCGGUUGCAUGAACUUCGAUUAAGACUAGUCUUAGCCUUAAACUGUCUUAAGUUGUCAGGUUAGACUAGUCUAACUUAGCCUGUUGCAUAUACAGUAAGACUGACUUAAUUUGAGGUAAAAAAAAGUUGGCCAUCUCUCCCACUGGCUAAACCUUGCGGUAAGGGCUGAGUUGCUAUGCCAGCAAUCUGUUAGUAGCCAGAAAUCAGAUAAUAAGAUCGAUAAGCAGUCUCAAAAAUGUUAUCAAUAUAAAAAAUAAAACGAUCCCUUUCCGUAAUCAUGAAAUGUUCACUGCACCCCCUGUCAAUGCAGGCUGCAUCCGGCCCUGGAUGGAAGGCAAUUUCAAGAAAGAUGGGAGAGCGAAUACAUGUUUGUGCUUCAAGGAGAAAAAACUGUAUAUAUUUUGUGUUAUGAGGCGAUGUCAGUCGUUAUAGAGUACAAUCUCCGUCUGCCUUUUGACACCAAACAUGGAGAACAUUUCAAAUGUAGCCUUCAAGAAAAACAGCAGAUUGUCUAAGAAUUUAAAGGCGGACUGCAAUCGCAGCAGAUUAUGUUUACCAAAGCUACAGCUAAAAAAAUGUUUUACAUCGUAAACAUCGUAGUUACAACUGGCCCUUCGAGGGUAACCAUAAUGCCAAUGUGGCCCUUGGUGAAAAUAAGUUUGACACCCCUGACUUAAGGCCUCUGAGUCACUUACAGUAGGGCAGGGGUGUCAA